UUCAAAAUUCUAAAAUACAUACAAAAAAUUUAACAAACGAUAAGUGAUUUUAAUAUCAUCAAUUAUUAUUACAAAUCAAAUAAAAUAUUAUGGGCUGUGGACAAAGUAAAAUUCAUCUUUAUCCUAGAAAAUCGAAAAGUAAAGCGAAUGGCAAGAAAGGAGGGCAUGGCGAUUCAGAAGCCGAAACAGACGAGGAGGAAGGCCAUAUCGAAGAUGCUGAAAAUCGAGAACGUGAUAGAACUGAGGAGUCUGAAGAGAAUAGCAAUAAAGAAGCGGGGGAAUCGGAUGAGGAUGUAUCGGUGUCCUUACUGAGAGCGAGAAAUCUCUCGUUACUGCAAAGCCAGGAAAUUUCCAGUAGUCAGCAAAACUUCUUCCGAAUGCUAGACAAAAAAAUUGAAGAGGGUCCGGACUACGAUUCCAACAGUGAGACGGAAAUUGCUUUGGAAGAAGCUCGUUUAAAUGCGUUGGUGCAACAUUGGGAAUCGGCCAGUUUGACGGCUUCAAUGUGUUCCUCGGCCAGCCGUUCACUACAAACGACACCGGUUAGGCAGACACCAGCCAAACAAAUGACCACGGCCACGCGAGCUAUGCUGCCAACCGGUUUACCACCACAAGUCCUAAACUCAGAGUUUCUACCUCAUUCUGGUACACCACCCACAAGCAGCCAACUGACGUCUAGUGGUACACUCAAACUAACGCCUAGUAAACAAAUAACCAUUCCUCAAAUGAAUUCUGGCAUGUUGCAUCAAAUAUCGGUUAUGCCACAAAUACCAUUAAGUAUAAACACCGAGACAUCGUCGCCCAACAUGGCCACCGUCACCGCUAAUACGUCCAAUGCCCUGGCAAUUAUGCAGGCGCCCAAUGCACAAAAUACGCCACAAUAUAUGCUGGCCAUACCGACAGGGUCCUCGCCGCUCUUAGGCAAAACUGGCCAGGUUAGUCCUAAGCGUUUGGCGGAUGGACGUUUAAUAAUCAAUACGACGAGUCCAUUGUGUAGCACACAACAAAUGCAACCACCCCCGCCGACCAAUCCUAUACAACAGCAGUAUAUUACCGCUACCCCGCCAAAUUUACAACAACAACAGCAACAGCAACAAACAGCACCAUUAAAUUAUGUCAAUGGUGGACGUGCGCCGCCACCCAACCAAUCGGCGGUAGGCAUGCAAUUGGCGUACUACGGACAAGCUGCCACAAUGCAACAGACUAUGCAACAGUAUAAUGAAACAAUAACACAGCAACAGUUGCAACAACAACAGCAGCAACAACAACAACAACAGCAACAAUAUGAACAAACUCCACAUAGCCAAAGUCAAACACCCUCGUCAUCAACAUCGGUAGGACCAGGCCCCUAUUAUGGUGAUGUCAUGCAUAACGCUCAGGCGCCUAAUACUGAAUACCGGUUCCCACCAACAAUAAGUGUGCAACGUUUGGCACCCCAAGUGCAGCGACAGCUGCGCGAAACUCAAGAACUUAUUAAAGACUCAUGUCCCCAACUAUAUGCUGCUGGUUACGGCAGUCCUGGGCCACCGCCGCUACGCAAUCAAGCGGCUGUCACAGCGCGUAAUCAUCCAACCAACAGAAGACCUACCCUGGAGACACAAUUCUCCCAGGAACUCUCGUGAUAUCUACAUAAUUAACACAAACAGUAAAAAAACAAACCCAUAGUAAACUAAAGCUAAUUAAGACAAAAUUUAGCACGUUAACAAAUUAAGUUACAAACAACCAUUAAUAAGCGAAAGGACAAAAAAAAUUAAAUAACAAGUAAAUUUAACGUA